CGAUCUUGCAUACUCGCCCUAUCCCCAGUGCUCAGCUUGACGAGCUCGAAAAUGAAGCCCAUCACGGUCCUCUACUUUGCAUCGAUUCGCACCCAUCUUGGAAUCGAACAAGAAUCCUUUCCAGCACCAUCGACGCUCUCCAAGGUCAAGGCCGAGAUCGUCUCACGUCAUCCCGAUGACAAGACCAAGUCGAUCCUCGAAGGAUGUAUGUGGAGCGUAGGAGACGAGAUGGCAGACGAGGAUGAAGACGGAGACAAGGAGAUCAAGGGUGGAGUAGUCGUAGCCGUCAUUCCGCCGGUCAGUGGAGGUUGAACGAAGCCUAUCCGGGCAGACCCAUGAAGAUGGCUUCUUCAGCAGAAGCAGACACCUAACAAGCUGCGCGUAGAGACA